AUGCCUCCACGACUCCCACUGAGGCCAAUUGCCGGCCGUGCGGCAUCAUCUCUGUCUCUACCGCAACAAACAAGCGCUCCGUCGCGCGCCGCAGUCUGCUUGUUUUGCUCGCUGUCGACAGCGGCAACUGCCACUCCCUCACGAUCCACCACUACUACCAGCCGCCCGUACGCUGCCGCCACCGAAGCAAGAAAGGCACUGAGACAGCGCCGGUUUCAAUCCACCGACUCCGCGCCGCUCGAGGCCGCAACACCCGAGAACCCCCGCGCCGAGCUGAUCGACACACUACUGGACCUGCAGAAGCACGCCGUGAACCAUGUGAAUCUUUCCCGCCUGCAGCUCGCCCUUCAGGGCCUCCGGCAGGACCCCGGUCAGGAGGCCGUCCGCGUCGCCAUCCUCGCCCUCGCCAACGUCUCGGAGCCGGGCAAGGCGGCGAAGGACCUUCUGAGGCUCAUCCUCGCAGACCCGCUGGGCGAUGAGUCGGAGUGGGAAAGGGAGCUGGCGCAGCACGACCCGACGCACCCGCUCGUUGUGCGCAUCGGACAGGAGCAUGCUAGGCCGCGUGAGGAGGCCGCGCCGACGGUAACAAUAUCCAAGACGAACCUGCUGCAUGAUUUGGGCGUGUCGUCACCCGCGCUCAACGGCCACGGCAUCGAGCUGCUGUUGAUGGAGGUGAACCCCUUCUCCGCGGCGCCGGGCGAGGUAGCCUACGCGCAGGAUGUCGAGGAGUCUGUAUUGGUGCCUACGGUGGACAUCCCGUCCAACACGGGCCGGUAUACGCCCAUCACUACGCCGGUGCACAAGGCCCUGGUUGUUUCCGAAGGGGUCAUGGGCGCGGCGUCUGUGGCGUCGCUGCCGCUGGCGGAAUAUCGCGAUACGAUACUUGCGGCCAUUAACCUGCCGGAAUACCCUGUCAACAAGGAUGCGCAGACGACGUUUCAGCCGAUCGACGUCUCCGUGGGAAGCAAGGGGCUCGACCUCAUUCGCCAGAAUAUUGGCAACGCGAUGGAGUAUGAGCGCUCGUGGUACAAGAGCAACGUGCCGGCUGUCAUCCAGUGGCUCAAAUCGGGCGUGCAGAGCGACGAGGGCCAUGUCACCAAGCCGGCGGUGCGGCUUCUCAUCGCCUCGCUGCUGCGCAACACCCUGGCGGAGAUCGAGGCCGAGGAGUCGCGUCUGCUGUCGGGGAGGCUGUCGACGGAGGCCGCGUCCUCUGGCCUGGCGGUGAUGAACGAGAGGCUCGCCCAGUGGUCCCAAUUCGCGCACGAGGAGCUGCAGCAGCAGCUCGACCUCGCGUUCGCGGGCACGAGGUGGCGCAAGCUGGGCUGGUGGAAGCUGUUCUGGAGGGUGGACGACGUCGGCGUGCUUACGACCGACAUGCUCAGCCAGCGCUUCCUCCCCGGCGCCGAGAGGGAGCUCGUCUACCUCGCCGGCCGCAUCGCCGAGUCGGGCGUCGCCACUGCCGCGGAGCCGCCCACGUACGCCCAGCCGACGUCGGAGCUGCAAAAGUCGCUGCCGGAAUCGAGCACCGUCGCCAAGGCCGUGACGCAGAAGCCCAAGUGGCCGACGCACAUCUCCUUUACGCGCCGCUAUCUCUACGAGGAGACGGUGCCCGCGCUCCAGGCGCUCGCGCAGAAGCUGGUCCUCCAGGCGUCCAGCACCUCGGCCCUGACCACGGCGCUGGGCGGCCUGCUGUACGUCUCGCAGUACGCCUCGUCUAUCUACGAGGCAGGCGCCGUCGCCGCUCUGGGUAUCAUGUGGAGCCUGCGCCGCCUGCAGACCAAGUGGGAGACGGCUCGGACCUACUGGGAGGGCGAGGUGCGCGAGGAGGGCCGCAAGGCCGUCCGGGGCGUUGAGCAGAGUGUCGCCGAUGCGCUGGACGGGUCUCGCGAGGGGAACCCCGUCGAAGGCGCCGAGGAGCUGCGUAAGGCCAGGGAGCUCGUCGAGAAAGCCCAAGACGCGCUGAAGCGCUUAGAGUGA